AUGGCUGUUGAAAUGCUCCAAGAAAAUCCCAGCUCACCAUCAACAAUCAGUCCAAGAAUUUCUUUCUCCCAUUACCUUUGCCAGAAAGAAAACUACCCAUAUUAUUCGGAUUUGAAUUCGGAUUUCGAUUUCUGCUUUCACCCUGCCCAAACCUCCUCCGCAGAUGAGCUCUUUUCCGACGGUUUCAUCCUCCCCUUCAGAGAGAAAUUCGUCACUAAUUCUAAACACCUCUCUUUCAUAACAACAACAUCAAAGCCUCGACCUUUGGGUUCUUCUUCUUCGUUCCCACCUCUCCCGAAAAUCUCGUCUUCCCAGAAGCAAGAAAUCUCGAAGGAGUCAACAGAGCAGCAGAAGAGUACCCAGGCAAGGCCUUUCUGGGGUAUAAAGAGAAGCAGCAGUUUGAACUGUCACAAAAAAGGUUCGUUUUGGUCGUUACCGUUACUGUCACGGAGCAAUUCUACCGGUUCCCUGAGAAAUUCAAAGCAAUCGGCGAAGGAAGGGCCCAAAGGGGGGCAGUUUAGGCAUAUCAAAACUACUCAUUCUUCUUCUUCUUCAUUUUCGUCGGCUUAUGUUUACGGAUUCCCGUCGUCGCAAAAGCCUCCGUUAAGGAAGAACCACGGAGGGGUUAAUUACGGUAACGGCGUUAGGAUUAGUCCGGUGAUUAAUGUGACGCCUCCCAAUUGUAUCUCCGUCGCAACUGUUAAUCUCUUUGGGUUGGGAUCUCUGUUCCGUAACGGAAAAGACAAGAAGAGUGGUAAGAAAUGA